AUGGAUAUUGGGAAUGUUAAAUUAUCAACUAAUAUCCCAAGAAAAACAUCUAUGCAUCACAGUUACAACGCAAAACGAGACAAAAAAAGCACACCAAUACAUACACUGGAGCUUGUCAGAUGCAGCAGACCAGAAAACAUCGACGAGAAUCAACAAUGGGUUUUCGGGACCAUCAACACAAAUCCAGAAAUCUUAGAAAAUUUUCCGGAAACAUCGAUCGACGAACUGGAAGAAAUUCAACUAGAACAACGAAGGACAAUGACCACUACCAUUAAUUCACCGAUAUUCGGAGGAUUGAUAAAAUUCAACCACGGCAAAGGAAAUAUAAUUUGGGACAUGAUCAACUGGAAAUUACUAAAAAGUGGAAAGCCACCGACCAAAAAAUGUGUCACCUACAAUGGCUUAGCAAACUUAUUAACAUUGGAAACCUGCAACCCAAAUUGGGCACAAUGUCAGGAAUGCCUGAAAAAACUCAUCACCAGCAAUGACCCUCUUGUACAAACUCAAACAUCUGUAGCUAACUGUAGCCAGAGCAGUGACAAAGGCCAAGCCUUUGAAUACUUGACAGCAGUUACCCCUACUACCACAAUCACAACAAAGCCAACAACUACCACGGUCAAAACUGCAGCAACCACAUCAAAAAUUACAACAACCACCACAUCAAAACCAAUAGUAACUACAACCACAAAACCAACUACAACCAUGAAACCAACCACAACUACAAAACCAACCACAACCACAAAAACCACCACUACCACAAAACCCACCACCACCACCAAACAAACAACUCCCAAACCAACAGCAACAACAAAAUCACUACCAACAACAACAACAAAAUCGACAACUACAACAACUAGACCCACGAGCACAACAUUGUAA